ACUACACCAGAUAUCAAAAUCAAAGAAGAAGAGAGGAGGUUUUAAACUUCUGUGACGUCACACCCGCUCUCACAUCUUUGUCAGUGAACAAAAUGGCAUCUUACUGUCUUACCGUCGCACGGCUCCAGGUGGUUCUGGGCCAUGGCGUCCGGCGUUUGCACGUGGCAGCAGCCUACAGAGCCAAAGUGGCGAUGAGCCGCUUUGAGCCCACCUCCUACGUCAGCUAUGACAAGCUCCAGUCUAAUGUUGAAAUUGUGCGGAAAAGGCUCAACCGGCCGCUCACCCUCUCAGAAAAGAUCGUGUACGGCCACCUGGACGAUCCCCACAACCAGGACAUCGACCGCGGCCGCACCUACCUGAGACUCCGCCCCGACCGCGUGGCCAUGCAGGACGCCACGGCGCAGAUGGCCAUGCUGCAGUUCAUCAGCAGCGGGCUGCCGAGGGUGGCCGUUCCCUCCACCAUCCACUGCGACCAUCUGAUCGAAGCGCAGACCGGCGGCGUGAAAGACUUAGCCAGAGCAAAGGAAGUGAAUGAAGAGGUCUACAACUUCCUGUCCAGCGCCGGAGCAAAGUACGGAGUUGGUUUCUGGAAACCCGGUUCUGGAAUCAUCCAUCAGAUCAUCCUGGAGAACUACGCCUACCCCGGAGUGAUGCUCAUCGGCACAGACUCCCACACGCCAAACGGGGGCGGGCUUGGCGCCAUCUGCAUCGGAGUGGGCGGAGCUGAUGCUGUGGACGUCAUGGCGGGAAUUCCCUGGGAGCUGAAAUGUCCCAAAGUGAUCGGUGUGAAGCUGACCGGCAGCCUCUCCGGCUGGACGUCUCCUAAAGACGUCAUAUUGAAGGUGGCCGGCAUCCUGACGGUGAAGGGAGGAACCGGAGCCAUCGUGGAGUACCACGGACCCGGAGUCGACUCCAUUUCCUGCACAGGAAUGGCCACCAUCUGUAACAUGGGAGCCGAGAUUGGCGCCACCACCUCCGUGUUCCCGUACAACCACCGCAUGAGGACGUACCUGGAGAAGACUGGCCGUGGAGCGAUCGCUGAGUUGUCUGAGAAGCACAAAGACCUGCUGGUUCCAGACGAAGGCUGCGAGUACGACCAGCUCAUCGAACUCAAUCUGGACGAGCUGAAGCCCCACAUCAACGGACCCUUCACCCCGGACCUGGCCCACCCCGUGUCGGAGGUCGGCGCCGUGGCCAAACAGAACGGCUGGCCUCUGGAGGUCAAAGUUGGUCUGAUCGGCAGCUGCACCAACUCCAGCUACGAGGACAUGGGCCGCGCCGCCUCUCUGGCCAAGCAGGCUCUGGACAAAGGCCUGAAGUGCAAAGCCCAGUUCACCGUCACGCCCGGCUCCGAGCAGAUCCGCGCCACCAUCGAGAGAGACGGAUACGCCAAGAUCCUCAGCGACGUCGGCGGCGUGGUGUUGGCGAACGCCUGCGGGCCCUGCAUCGGCCAGUGGGACAGGCGCGACGUGAAGAAGGGAGAGAAGAACACCAUCGUUACGUCCUUCAACAGGAACUUCACCGCCAGGAACGACGCCAACCCCGCCACGCACGCCUUCGUCACGUCUCCUGAGAUCGUCACCGCCCUCGCCAUCGCCGGCACCUUGGACUUCAACCCUGAGACCGAUUACCUCACAGCCUCCAACGGAGAGAAGUUCAAGCUGGACCCCCCCAACGGGGACGAGCUCCCCGCCCGCGACUUCGACCCCGGCCAGGACACCUACCAGCACCCGCCCGCCGACGGCAGCGGCCUCGCCGUCAACGUCAGCCCGUCCAGCAACCGGCUGCAGCUGCUGGAGCCCUUCGACAAGUGGAGCGGCGGCGACCUGGAGGACAUGCAGAUCCUCAUCAAGGUGAAGGGGAAGUGCACCACCGACCACAUCAGCGCCGCGGGGCCGUGGCUCAAGUUCCGCGGUCACCUGGACAACAUCUCCAACAACAUGCUGAUCGCUGCCGUCAACAGCGAGAACGACGGCGUCAACAAGAUCAAGAACCACCUGACGGGAGAGUACGGAGGAGUCCCCGACGUGGCCCGCCACUACAAGGCCAACGGGCUGUCGUGGGUCGUGGUCGGGGACGACAACUACGGCGAGGGCUCCAGCAGAGAGCACGCGGCGCUGGAGCCCCGGCACCUGGGAGGCAGAGCCAUCAUCGUCAAGAGUUUUGCUCGGAUUCACGAAACCAACCUGAAGAAGCAGGGCCUGCUGCCGCUCACGUUCUCCAACCCCUCAGACUACGACCGGAUCCGCCCCGAUGACAAGAUCUCCAUCCGAGGACUCAAAACCUUCACUCCAGGAAAGCCUCUGACGGCGGUGGUGAAGCACAGCGACGGCAGCGAGGAGACGCUGCAGCUCAACCACAGCUUCAACGAGACGCAGAUCGAGUGGUUCCGCGCCGGCUCCGCCCUCAACAGGAUGAAGGAGCUCCAGCGCCACUGAGGAAGACUCCGAAUGUAAAACGGUUUCAUUAGGUUGAAGCUUAGACUGACGUAGGAACAAAUUAGGAAUAUUUCUGAGCUUCAAGCUAACAUCGACGCUGCCUGUUCUUCGGUUCGAUCUUCAUUCAUCAUUUAACGUGAUCCUGAGCUGCUCUCUCAAACGAGACGAUCGGUUCCACGCUCGGUUCUGAAAACUCAAAGGAGGCGCCGAAUAUGAGCCCUCCUCUCUACCAAAAUCUGCUUCAUUCAGUUAUCAGGCAGCAUCUCUGGAUCGGAUUUAAUCUGAGGUUCUAACUUGGAGCCCUCUAGUGGCUGUAGCGCGGUACUGCAGGUAGCAGAACCAAAAUUCUCCUCUAAAAGCAACAAUCAGCUGAUAUCUGUCAGUACUAAAUAUUCAAAAAAAUUACUUGAUCUCUAAAAAUGAUGUGUAUUUCUGACAGAAAGCAUUAAUGGUCAUUUAUCCAUUUCUUUCCUGCGUUAAAGGUUAUUUUCUUUGCAUUUCUUCUUAACAAAUGGACCCAUAUUUUAGUUUUGAUUCAUUUUUGUUUCUCCUCAAUCGUUCCGUACAAGAUCGAACACUUCCAUUCUUUAUUUAUUUUUCUGCAGUCAGUCUGAACGCUUCUUCUGCUCAUUUGAUUCACUUUUAAUGUCAAACCCUUUUUUGUGGGGUGAAAUGCCAUUUUUGAAAGAAAUGAUGCUGUUUGUUCCAAAGGAGAGGAUUGUCGAGGAGCACAAAUGGAGGAAAUCGGUUUUUAUCUGUUAAAGAACUAUAAAGGUUCUUUUUCUCGUCACCGCCCAUCGUAAUGCAACAGAUGACGGCUGCAGCCGCGGCGCCUUUCAAAACCACUUUGUGUAAAGUGUCUGUGUGCAUUUGGAUGUUUUUCCUCCCACAUAAUCGUUUCUGUGUUACAGAAGUUCUGAUGGGUUGUAAAAUAAAAAAUCACUGAUCUUA